GUGUCUAUAUUACAUAAAAGACACAAAGAAAACCUUAUGUUGAGAUGAGUGAAGUUUAUUUCUACAUAACAGCGUCAUGCGAAUUUCUGUUACCAACUCUGUAAAUCGUUCGCAUCGUUGACCUUGGGCUGCCUGUGCUUGCGCGCCACUUGGAUGGAUUUUCCGGGAACGUUCGGUCAGCGGCAAACUCCUGUAAAAUCCAAAAAACAAAAUGGCGACGGGUUAAAUGUAUAAAAAGUGCCACAAAAAGUAGGAAGAGAUCAUGACUUCCAAAGGCUCGGCAAAUCUGCCUAGCUUUAUCACCGGGUACUACGGACCAAACUCCAGUAGUUCACGAGCGUUUGAAAGUUUAGUGAGAGCUAUUGGAGAAGCCAAGUCAAAACAGGAAGAGGACCGAAUUGCCAGGAAGGAGCUGGUUGUGUUGAAAGAGAAGCUUACCCAACGGGACACUUCCACAAAACAAAUGCGAGAAUACCUUGUCCGUCUAAUCUACUGUGAAAUGCUGGGUCAUGAUGCAUCAAUUGGUUAUGUAGAAGCCAUCAAGUUUGCACAACAGCCAAAUAUUUUAGACAAAAGGGUUGGUUACCUGGCUGUGUCAUUGUUUCUUCAUGAAAACCAUGAACUGAUUGUGCUACUGAUUAACACACUUCAAAAGGAUUUACGCAGCACAAAUGUCAUGGAGGUAUGUUGUGCUUUGACAGCUGUUUGCAAGUUGAUCAACAAAGAUAUGAUGCCUGCAUUGCUACCACAAGUUCUGGAAUUAGUUGGGUCCAAAAGGGAUAUUGUGCGUAAGAAGGCAGUGAUGGCAUUACACAGUCUCUACAUAAAAAACCCAUCAGCUAUUCCAGAUGUGAGAGAACUUGCGAAGAAAAGUGUUGGUGAUAAUGAUCCCGGGGUUAUGUCGUCAUCACUGCAUAUCUUCUAUGAAUUGAUUAAGGCCAACCCUGCUGGAUACAAGGACCUUCUGCUUGGAUUUGUCAACCAGCAGACUAUGAUACUAGAAGGCAAAAUAGCAAAGGACUAUGAUUAUCAUGGAGUAGCAUCCCCUUGGAUACAGAUGAAGCUUCUGAGAAUAUUGGCAUUACUUGGAGCAGAUGAUCAAAAAUCAAGCAAGAAAAUUUACCCAGUGCUGGGAAAGACUUUGUCAAAGCUAAAUACCAACUCUCUUAUAAGUUAUGCUGUUGCUUAUGAGUGUACAAGGACAAUUACAAGCAUUUAUCCUGACAAGGGUCUUAUAGACAAGGCCGCUAGGUGUGUGGGCGUAUUUCUUGUGGCCAAAAGUAAUGACAUCAAAUACUUGGGCAUCAAUUCAUUAACAUCUCUGAUCCAAAUGGGCGGUGGAUUUGUCAUGGAACCUGCCUACCAGCGGAUUGUCAUUGACUGCCUCAAUGAUCCAGAUGAGACACUGAAAAGAAAGACAUUGGAUCUGUUAUGCCAUAUAACAAAUGCUGCGAAUGUGGAAACAGUUUGUGAUAAACUGCUGUCGUAUCUCAAAUCCACAACAGAUGCGUAUUUCAGAACAGAACUGGUCGAUAGGAUAACCGAGCUUGCUGAAAGAUAUGCGCCAGACAACUCGUGGUACAUUCUGACUAUCAAUGAGGUGUUUGAGCUUGGUGGAUCGCUCGUCAGAGAGGGUGUGGCACACAACUUGAUGCGGCUCUUAGCUGAAGGAAAUGAUGAUGAGGAACUUGAUAAUGAAACCCGCCGAUUUGCUGUAUUGUCCUACAUCGACCUUCUUGAAAAACCUGUUUUACCGGAUAUUCUGGUUUGGGUUAUUUGCUGGGUGUUGGGAGAAUAUUCAUACGCAGCUUCCGAAUACGAGCCGCGAGUCAUUCUUGAACAACUUUUCUCGUUGCUGGAAAGGAAGUUCGAAGAUCCCAGUACCAAGGGCUGGAUAGUGACUGCUAUUGGAAAGCUGACGUCACAAAUUGGACAGCUGGAUGAUGGCACAAGAAAUGUGUUAGAAGAACACGUGACAGGCACGGAUGUCGAGCUUAGACAGCGUUGUUCAGAAAUUCAAGAACUUUCUCAAAACGUUUUCCUGAUGCAAAGUGUGCUACCUUUAGAUGGUUGCUGUGAAGAACUGGAGGUGGACGAAUCCUUGUCUUUCUUGGAUGACUUAGUAUCAGAAGCGCUAUCUAAUGGAGCUUCUCCAUACAGGCCCAUGAGAGAGCGAGAGAUCGACACAAAAGUUAAAGAGGUUCCAGAUUCCCAACCGAGCCUUAAGUUCACACCUUACGAAAAUCCAGUGAAAAUUUCUAACAAACCGCCACAACAAUCAUCUGUAGCACCUGAGAUAAAAGAGCAAGCAAAGGCCGCCAAGCCUGCUAAAGAGCGUAAGAAUAUUGAAACCAAAGUGAAAGGCCGAACCCAUGCAAAGACCAUCGAGGUGUCGCCUCCUAGUAACAAGCUCUUUUCUGGAAAGGCUGUGUGGGGACCUGGGGGCUACGUAAGGGAUCGAGGGCAGUCUGGGUCAGUGGAGUCCAGUAGUAAGUCUGAUUCCUCAUCGCGGAGCUCUGGGUCUGACAGGCAAACAGUCGUUAAAACGAAAGCUGAGGUCAGCACCAGUCCUUCUGUGACUGAUCAAGAAGACGUCCGCAAACAACAACUAGCCACUCAGCUCUUCAGUGGUGUCACAGACAAACAACGUCCAUCUGCAGGCAGAGGUCACUUGGCAGCCAAUAGGAUAACUAGAAACCCUGGGAAAACAAGGUUAACUGCUGCUAAUUCUGGAAUGACUGCAUCAGCCGAUGAUCUAUCGCAUUCUGUAAAAGGCAUAGCUUCAAAGUCUGCAGGAAAAUCGAACAUGGAUCUUUUGCUAGAUCUUGAGAGCACUGGAGCUUCUCGUAUUGGAGAAGAAAAAGCUUCAUCCGGUAAUGAUGUCCUUCUCUCACGUUUGGACAACACAACAAAAUUAAUACCGCCAAGGGAUAAUGAAACGUUAAAUAGCACACGGGAAUCUUUUGAUUCUGAUUCUCCUGUGGUGAUGAACACAAGUGAGGCUGGUUACGGGAACGCUCAAGAGAAUACAACUUUGCUGGACGAAGAUAUUACAGAACGAAUUCACCGAUUAGAGCUCACAGGCACACCAUCUGCUUCUUUACCGGAAGACUUGGUUGACUUCCAGCAUUCUCCAGAAGCUGUGGAACUCUGUUUCGAUAGCAAUCUUCGUGUUACUCUUCAGAAAGUCUUCAAACCUCUCGAACUUGUUCUUGUUCUUUACCUGACCAAUCAGAAUCAGGCUAACGCGCCGAUCCAUGACGUCAGCAGCGUGCUAGAACCACCCUCCAAUCUGAUUGGCUCCUUUGAUUCGUCGACAAGUAACAAACUUCAGGAUGAAUCCAUUGGUCCUCUCGAAUGGGCGAGGCACAAAAUUGAAUUAAAAUACAAAUCUCCUGCUCUUCAUAUGAACUUUAGUGGCAAAAUUUCGUAUAAAGAUCCUAACAGGACAUCAAAGCAUUUGUUUUUUAAUCACACUUUGAACAUCAGCGACAUUUUACGGCCUCUUGCGAUAAACACGGAAGACUAUGGACAAAAGUGGACCGAAGCUUCGUUUGAAAAGAAGCAGAGACUAUCAAGUUCACUGAAAAACUGUCAAGACAUCUGUGAAACAGCGGAAGAACAGUUACGACUUCACACGGUCGAACAAAUAGGUACAAAAGUUAUAUUGGCUGGUACCGUGAUGCAGUGUGGGAUAUGUCUGUUGCACAUCAGCUGUAGUAGUGACGAUUUAGAACUGUCAAUCAAGUCGAACAACAGACUUCUAAACGAUGCACUGAUGAAAUAUUGUGUGACUAUCCUCAGAUAACGCUUCAGCGCCUGGCGGUUUCUGCUGUGGAGAAAAUGGUGCCAGGUCAAUAUUUAUUUCUUUCUUAUAUCCCGUGCGGUUGGCGUCACGGACGAUGUUGAACUUCGACUUGAACACGGUCCCAUAAUUGAAUGAUUUCUGUCAAUUUUUCUGUUUUCUCAAAUUCGACUGUGGAUUAGCGAACGGACAUAUAUACCACAAAUAUUUAAACGAGUUAACGUACAAUUCAAUCGUAGGACUCUUGCUCUCAUUAUGUAUGUAUUAACUUACAAACCUCGAGGACUGAUGGGUACUCGGAAUAUUCUUGAUAAUACGUGUGGUAAGCGAUCGAUAAGGAGAAGAUUGUUUCCUUGUAUUAGUAUAUAUGAAUUGUUGUUCUCAGUUUGGAAGCCCCUACGCCCGAAUGUAGCUUGUCCACAGCUUUGAACAGCACAUUUUGUUGUCUUUAUUACUGGUUCGGAUGGUCUUGGGUGUGACCAGGGUUCGGAAAGCAAGAAUAGCUGCAGUUUUGUAGCGGAUUUUGAGGUUUAGGAAUUGACUCACGAGGAAGGUAAACUUGGUAAAUUCUAUUGUCUCAUAACAGAGGAGGAUUUUCAACACUUGUACAACGCUUCGUAGAGAUGACUAAUGGUCAAAAAAUCUAAUUUUACACCAUAGCUAAUAGAGGGGACUGGUUAUGAAGCCCGGCAAACAUCAAGGGAGCAAACAAAGAUGGUAAGAUUUAUG